CGUUAGUUUAAUUAGAACAAAAUCAUCGAUCUCGGAUUUAUAAUUGAAACUUCAAGGAAAAUCAUGAAAUAUUAAAAUCAAUAUCACAAUUUUCCAAUAAUUCUUUCAAGUGUACAGACAAAAGUUUGACGGAUUGAAGCAAUUGAGUAACAGUGAUUUAGAAGCAUCAUCGGAAGCAUUUGUGUACGCUAUGAUUUGGAUAGACGUUUUAAGAGCAGUGAUGUUUUUAUCAAACUGCUUAUCUAUUUUAGCUUGGAGAGAAGUGUUGAUGCUUGUUCAGAAAGGCGGGGGUACUAACAUUCGGGAUGUUUGGAUAGACAACGCAAAUAGAACCCAGGUACAUAGACAACGCCUUCCUCUGAGAGAGUUGAUUGGACAGGGUACUUACAGGAUUGACCAAUCGGUAGACUCAAUGUCAUACGACGAGGUACAUCUUGUAUUUCUUAAUGCUGUGGCGGAUCCCUUGUGGCGAAUGGUUUUCAAUAGAACAGCCGUUAGAAGUGGAAAAUGGUUUGAAGAAGUGAAGAGAUCGUCAUCCAAUAUCUCCGGUUAUAACUUCACAAUAACAGAUUCAAGGCAACCCCCCUAUCCUCUUUGCAUUGGAACUGGGGGAUGCAUAGAUCCGGCUUGGGCGGGUAUUUGGAGGUCCAAGCUCACUGAGUCUCCCCUUUUCCUCUUUAAUGCUGAUCAACAAGUUCCGCGAAUUCUUCCACAACCCACACGGGAGGCCACUUAUAUUGGCUGUGAAUCAAAGGAGAUAUUUACCAUGGAAUACCAAUAUGAAACCAAGAAUAUCCGGGAUUGUCAGGAAACAUGUACAAAAUUCCAGUACAUGUUAAUGCAGAAAUAUGAGUACGGCAAAUAUUGGAACACGGCUCUGAUCAAGGCUGUAUGUGUAUGGUUUAUACCUAAUCAACAAAUUGGUGUCCUGAAUUUCAAGGUGAACAUUCAAGUCUGCACUCCUACAUCAGGGCAAUACUUCUUUCCUGCUGAUUAUCUCGCUGUUAUUGGGGUCAAUCAUACAAAGCCAGAUAGCAACGCAGAGAUGUCUACUACGGAACAGGGGGUAACAACAUUAGGAACCUUUACUAACAAUAACCAACAGGUCGAAGGAUCCGGAAAUAUAGCUGUAACAGUGGUAAAUAGUAUAACUGAGGAAACAGAUUUAACAGGUUCAGGAACUUCAUCAACACUUGAAACAGAGUCAACAGACAAGCAAUGGAUACAACAUACUUCACCAAUACUUGAUACAGAGUCAACAUACAACCAGUGGAUACAACAGACAACCCCAAAACAGUUGGGUAACGACGUCAAUGUGACCGACUAUGCUGAAAGCAUCACAGACGUCACUACCCACGUGAAGCAGAUUGGUAAUAAUAAUAAUGUGUCUCAAUCACAUCCUCUGUGUCCGUGUGUGUGUGAAGAAAAUGGGCUAAAUUUAACGAAAGAAGAACUACAAGAAAAGAUAGAAAAGAUUGAAAGCAUUCUGAGAGUUAAUAAAAAAGAACUAUCCUCAAGCUAUCGGAAACUAACCAGUGCACCCGACGGGCGCCCUUCAUCGAAAGGUAUCGGGGCGAGCGGAAUCGUUGUGAUGCUUAGUUUUGUGGGAGUGAUUAUUUUAAUGGACUUAAGUAACCUCCAAGGGUUAGUGAAAUUUUGGUCUUCGCUAGGAAAUCGGAAGAAGUGAAAGUGCAUAUGUAAUGUAGUGAAGAAAUCAGUUGAGCAA